CCAGCUAGUUAUGAUAUGUUAUUUAUUUUAUUUAUUUUUAUUGCCAGCGGGGGGGCGUUGACCUGGGGCGGCGGGGGGCUAGGGCGGCGGGGGGUGGUGGCUGGCCCGAACAAGCACCCCCAGGACAACCAGGAACUCCCCCAGCAGCAGCAGCCCCCCCAGCAGCAGGCCCCAUGGGUAGAUCUGAGUGUGGCUGUGUUACCCCAAUCACCGCCACCACCACCCCUUCCACCACCACCAGAACCUUACCCCAGUUUCCCGCCAUAUCCUGCCCCCCAGGCGCCCCCCCCACCACCACCAGAACCUUACCCCAAUCUCCCGCCAUAUCCAGCCCCCCAGGAGCCCCCCAGUUUAGCCGAAUUAAGGCGUUGGCCCUCCCCGGAUAUCCCCCUGGUGAUCAGUGGCCUCUACACCCCAGACAGCAGACGGGACAUAGAGAACGGGUUGGGUGUUAUCGAAUCUCAGACUUGCAUUCGGUUCGUCACGGCGGAGGGCGACGAGGAGGUCCCGAGAGAUCACGUGCUUAUCACCCCGGGUUUGGGCGGAUGCAACGCCGUCCCGGGCUACAACGCAGUCCCCGGUUACGUCAGCGUGGUCCACCUACACGCCCCGGACUGCGUGACACGUGUGGGACAUGUCCUACACGAGAUCAUGCAUGUUUUGGGAUUUUACCACGAGCACCAACGCAUGGAUCGAGACUCCCACAUCAUAGUUCACUACGAUAACAUCCUACAGGGACAUGAAGCGAAUUUUAAGCGUGCGUUCAACCAGACACUUGGGCUUCCUUACGAUGUGGCGUCCGUCAUGCACUACGGGCCGAAAGGAUUUUGCUAUGACUGCUCGAGACCAACGAUUUCGGCUCUAGAUGGGGAGCUGGGGGCGGAGAGGAUGGGACAACGGGUGAACUUGAGUGUUACCGAUAUAGCGAGGGUGAAUCGGUUGUAUGGGUGUGAGGGGUACUAUCUAGGGUUUGAUUUGCCGGGUUCUAUGCCUUAUGACCCACCGCCUCCCCCCACGGAACCCCUGCCACCCCUUCCGACGAGCUGGUGUUGAGGAUUGGAGGGGGUUUGAGGGGUGAUUUGGGGUGUGGGAGGUUGGGGUUGCAUUACUGUUGUUACUCU